AUGGCGAAUCCCAAUCCUCUCGGACACAUUGGCCUCGUACCUGGAGUUGGCUGGGUCCAGAAUGGUGUGCCCUUACGAAAGUUUAAGCCGCACCAUGCGAUGGUCUGGCCCAAGGAUGGGAAGAAUGGUUCGAAAUGGGGCCGAAUGAAAGACAUUUUGGGAGAUAAAGGACCUGACAUAUACAUGACAACGAGUGGUCAUGCAGGGAUGGCAAAAGAUCAUCGCCCACUCCGUUCCCACUGGUCUCAAUGGGAGUACAUGGAGGAUGUCCCGAGCGAGAGAGAUCCACGGUUAAACGAUCCGAAUUUCGACAACAAUAACCUGAGACCAGCGCCAUGGGUCAAGCUCUAUCAAAAGCGGCCGUAUCAGAGGUACGAUUUCCGUAGUCGUAGGUACGGAAGUGUCAACCCUUUGACAUACUCAGAUGCCGUCUGGAGAGGCUCUAACGACAAGCGACGUUGGCCGAUUGCAGCCAGGUGGCGAGGAUAUGACGGCACAUACUCCCAGUGGCAAGAGUUUCCUCACUGGAUCCAGCAUUGA